GGUUCAAGCAUGUACGUGCUGCUUAUUUUCGCGUUAUUGUUGGCAACCGUUAGGAGUCUUACAACAGAUGAAAAGUUUUCUAUUCUUCAAGACGAAAUUAACUCAUUGAAGGAACACAACGCAAAGCUUGAACAAGAAAUCAACGAGCUCAAAACGUCUGAUAAAAAAAUCGAAAAGCGUCAAUCAGGACGUAUCGCCUUUUCAACAAGACUUGACCAUACUCAAGGCCACAUUGGCGUAGGCCAGAAGCUGAUUUUCAACAAAGUGCUGUUAAACACUGGAGAUGCUUACAGCGUUCACACUGGCGUAUUCACAUGCGUGGAGGCCGGACUACAUCUGUUUGCCUACUUUGUUGGCAAGGGAACAACGGGUCAGGCGUGGGUGGAGCUAAAAAAGAACGGAGUGGUCAUUAACGGCGCCGUCGCAGAUUCAGUCAGUACGUAUCACGACACACAAGGAGGAAACGUUGCCAUUCUUGAACUGGAUGCCGGGGAUUUGGUUUGGGUGGAGGAGUUUCACCAGUCUGAUGCCCAAGUCUACGGCGGCUCAGGCUUCGUCACAUUUUCUGGCGUUAUGCUGUAAAAUGUUGUUCUAAUGGAUAAUGCUUCACGAUAU